AUGAACGGUUCAAAACGUACAGAGAAGCUUACAGAGAAGCUUGCGCCGUCAGUGAAUGGAUCAAUCAGCCCUUCAACGUAUACUGCUCACUCCUUGGAUCAGCAGCAAAUAUCGAUAUACAAUAAUUUGCAAAAGCCACUGUUUGAAAUCAAACCAGUCCAAUUGCAGUUCGAAUUGCACCAUGCAUUAAACAAACUCCUAGUAGCCAACAGUCAGAUGUUUCUAUUCGUUGGAGAUGUAUUGUACAAGAUUGAUCUAAAUAAUCCGUCAAAGUUGAUGAAAUUCAGCAUGCCGCAAAAGGGAGGUACUUUUGCCGCCUGGGCAGAUACUUUAGGACAACAACUUGUCAUACGAAUUGACCAACAAUACUUUUACCUAUACAAAUCGUACAAAUCAUUCAAGCCAUUGGCAAAGCUCAAAGGAUUGGAGGUUGAAUCGCUUGCAUUCACAUUAUCAAACACCAUUAUAAUGGCUACAAAGACGGGGUAUAUUUACUUGUCAUCCAUCAAACCUCAUGACGAUGCUAAAAAGAGCGAUAUUCAACAUCUAAAACACGUGCAUACAGUCGAUUCACAGGUUCGUGGGAUAUCCAUUACCGAGAAUCAGUCAUUGAUAAAUAUAAUAGCCAAAGACGCAGUCUACACCUGGUCCUGUUUUGACACGUCAUUUUCAGAAUUGACAAAAGUGUUCAAAACACAGCCGGUUGUGAAAAGUGUUGGCAUUAGCAACAAGUGGUUAUUGACCACCAGCGGAAACAAGUUUGUUUACAUUGGAAAGGAAGUCACAACAAACGAUGACGAGAUACAGUUUACCACGUUGAAGGAUACGAUUGAUGACAUUAUUCUAACACCUCAUCAUCUAAUUGGCUACCAUGGGAAGCAAAUAUUUAUAUACAACAAACUCAACCAAGAUUCAAAGGUAUUAGACGUUGAAGAAGAAAUACAGGGAAUUGCCAGCGACACUAACUCAUACUGGCUAUAUACCAAGAAUUCAAUCUACGAGAUCAUUAUAUCCAACGAAAACAGCUUAGUAUGGUAUGACUAUUACAAGAUGAGCAAAUUCGAGGAAGCGUUGAAUUGUCUCGAAGAUAGCGAAGAGAACUUUUUUAAAAGAGAUCUAGUCUUUAUCAAACAGGGAUAUGAUUAUUUGCAAAGAGGUGGCUUUGGACUUGAACUGCACGAUAAGGAGCUAGUAAACUUGCAGAAAAGGGGAAUUGGAAUACUAGCAAGACUGACAGAACCUUUUGAAAAAGUAUGUUUAAUGUUGAAUCUGUCACAUGCAAUCGGCUUGUUGAUUGAUUACUUGUUGGUAAAGUAUGCCUUAAACAAGAAAAAUAAAGUCAGAACGGUUGUGUUGUCGACGUGGAUAGUUGAGUUGAUGGUUCGGACCAACGAUGAACGCUUCAACGACUUUAUAAAGAAAAAUCACAAGUUGCUUGACAGGUCGAUCUACAAUAUUCUAAGUGGGAAAAAAGCGCUCUUUUAUGCUGAAACAAUCGAGGACUACCACUUUGUGCUAAAUUACCACAUAGCGGGUAAAAACUGGCAGCUUGCUGAAAAGGCACUCAUCAAGCUUUAUUCAAACAAUGUAGACGAAGUUUACACACAUUCCACAGCAUUCUUAUUAAACCACUCCAGAAUUAUCGAAACCUGGCUCAAGUUUGACUUGGAGUAUGAAAAGCUACUCCCAGCUGUGCUUUCAUACUGUGAGGAGAACCGUAAACUGCCUUUGAAUCAAAAUGUGGCCAUCAAGUUUCUACUGAAGGUGCAUGAUAAGGGGUACAAGAGCAAACAAUUAAACAACUAUUACUUGUCGCUUUUGAUUACGCAUCACGAAGACGCAAACCACUUGAUAAUAAAGUUUAUCAAUCACGAGACAGCGUACGACCAAAACUUUGUCCAAAGACUAUGCUUGCUCCAUCAUAAAGUUCAUCCUGCAAUUUUGAUUUACAUUGAUAUGGGCUUGUUUGAGCAGGCCUUGGAAGUGUCGCUAAAAAAUAAUGCCAUAGAGCUCGGAGAACUUGUGCUUGGAAAGUAUGAAGAGAUUGUCGAAGACAGCGACCAGCCCAAGGAUGACAACAAGUUGGAAAAGGAAAGCUACAACACAAGGAGACACUUGUGGCUUACAUUCGCAAGGCAUCUCAUCAGUCGUACAUGCGAGGGUAAACAACUAGGACUCGAGGAGGUGGACAACUCCUCCAACAAGUUGAAUGCAGCUUUAUCCUACAUACAAAGAAACUCUCCCCUCGGCUUGAAAGACUUGUUGCCACUUUUCCCCGAAACUGUCAUGAUUAACAACUUCAAAGAUGAGAUUGUGGACUCGCUUAAUGAAUACAAAAGGAGCUUGCAAGAUAUAAAUAUGAGAAUCCAGGAAAACCAUUCUUUGCUCACUACUUUGAAACAAGAGGCCCAGGAUGAAACUCAAAAGAGGUCAGAGCAUUACUCGGUUAUAAAGCCUCAAUCAACGUGCUACCUAUGCGAUAACUUGCUAGCAACAAAGAAGUUUAUCUUUUUUGACAACUGCCAGCAUGGGUUCCACAAAGAGUGUUUAGUUCGGUACAAUCUUAAAUCAAAGGCAAACUACAACUUUAAAAAAUUGUAUCAAAAUUUUAUCAGAAAUAAGGACAAGGAUCAGCAAGAGUUAAAGUCUGAGAUUGAUGAUAUGCUAUGCAAAGAGUGUAUUCUUUGCAACGAAGCAAGCAUUAACAGCAUUGAUGUUGGUUACUUGGAAGAGAAUGACAGAGAUGUCGACGAGAUCAAAGCGUGGGAGUUGUAG